GCUUAUUCGUAUAUAGAGUCGUGUGUUGUGCCGCAACAUAUCAUUUUCGAAAUAAUCGACGAUCAGAACUACGCGCGGAAAAAUGUUCACCAAAAGAUUCAUCAUCGCGUUCGCGCUAUACGCUUUGUCUUUGGACAAAACUUCGGCUAAGCCAUUUAUCGAUGGACUGAAACCGUGCAAGAGAAGUGAUCCGAAACUGGAAGAAUGUUUGUUGAACAUACUCAAACAGGCUAAGCCUCAGCUUAUACGUGGUAACCCGCAAUUCAAUUUACCGCCAUUAGAUCCUGUACAUAUCCCUAGAAUAUCAAUCGGCAGAUCGAUGCAAGACAUCAACGUGACCGGAGAUUUGUUCAACUUGAUAGCGAAUGGUACGAAAUCAGUAACCGCUAAAGCAUUUAAAGUUAAUUUAAUUAAACAUACAUGGGAUAUAGAAUUAGAAAUUCCACUAAUCAUGUUUAUCACUGACUUCGACUUGAACGUCACUUUGAAAGCUCUGCCGAAGCCCAUAGUCGACGAAGGACAAUGCACUGGAAAAAUCAGUAACAGUGUUCUUCGUUUACAUUCAGACACAGAUUCGUCUGACGAUAAAAUUAAGUUGAAAAGCGUCAAAAUUAACUUAAACCUUGGAGAUGUAGAAAUCAAUAUCAUUAAAUCACAAAAUCCGGCAUUGGCGCAAUUCUUGUCGAAAAUUCUCAAGAGAAACAAACGUAUGGUACUCGACCUGGUGACUCCGAUCGUCGAGGAUUCCGCAGAAAAACUGUUGCUCCGGCACGGCAACAGCAUUCUGUCCACCAUGCAAAUCACGGACUUGUUGGCUGACUAAAAUCAGGCUGAUUUGGUCUAAGUUUAAACAACGGACGCAACAUAAAUACUCUUUCUCUCUCCCCCCCCCCAUUUCACAUAAGGACGUCAUACAAAUAAGAAAUUAUUUCGAAUAUUCCAAACUAUAUUAUAUUUGGAAAUAAAAAGCUAUAUCGUCGAAUAAUUUAUAUUUUAUUACAUUUAAAUAGUAAACACUCAGUCGAUGUGACUGUAUGUAAAACAAUAUAAUAUGAUAACCGAAGACUACAGCGGUUUUUUUUCGCGUAAUAACAGUCGCAAUUGAUCGCGAAUGGUUUGUAAUUUAGAAUAUAGCUUAGUUUUGUACCAAAAUAAUAUUUCAGUCGACCGUUCGGUUAUCAAAUAUAUGUACGUCUUAACAGUUAAAUACAUUUUUAUAUUAUAAAUUGUAUUUCGAGUAUUAUAUAGUACACACAUUAUUUUGUAUCAACUUUUUUAUGAUCAUUUUUGUUACUUUUGCGUAGUAAAUAUGUUUACUGUUAUACUACGUCUGAGCAGAAGAUAGAUAUGAUCAAUGUUACUGUUCCAAUUUCUAAUGUAAAAUUGCACUUGUUAUAAAAAAAUGUCGCACUAGGAUAAUUUAUUUAUUUUUAUUUUUAUUUAUAAUGAAUUGAACAUUUAUCGUAAUAUUAAUCUGGUAUUGUUAAAAAUUAUUUUAUUAUUCGAGUGAUUCAAUUACCAUCGAGAUCGCGAUAAUUUUGAAAUAAU